CAGCCACACAGAAAAAAGUCAAACGUGACUCGGACCCUUCAUCAUUUCGCUCGUAUUUGGCUUUUACGCGCAGUUUCAGCGGGACUCCUCCGCCCGGAACCACAGUCCUAUUUUUUACGCACAGGCUUUGAACGAUAACGUGAACACUCGUUCAAAUUUAUUUAGAAAGCUGAGUUUUCUUUUGCUGUCAAAGGGGACAAAAACCAAAGACACAGCCGUGUGGACAUGUCUGGGAUGCAGGACAGACUCGCCGGGCUGUCUGCAUGCUGCUGCCUGCUCAUGCUGAUUCAUUGCUUGGCGCAAACAGAUGCGGCUUCCACAUGCAGCCCCGCUCAGUUCAAGUGUGGAAACAACAGGUGCAUCACCCGCAAGUGGGUUUGCGAUGAUAGCGACGACUGCGGCGAUAAUACGGACGAACUGUCCUGCGAGGCCAAAGUGUGCCGAUCGACUCAGUUCAGCUGCGAGGAUUCUGACAGGCAGUGUGUGCACAAAGACUGGCGCUGCGACGGCAAAGCCGACUGCCUCAACGGCGCCGACGAGAAAAACUGCACCACUAAUGAGUGCGGUGCUGGCCAGUUCCGUUGCGCGAGCGGCCAGUGCAUCUCCACCUCCUUCGUCUGCGACAGAGACAACGACUGCUCCGACGGCUCGGACGAGGUUUCCUGUCCCAAACCCUCCUGCAGCUCUUACUCGUUCCAGUGCAACAACACCGUGUGCGUGCCCAGCCUGUGGCGCUGCGACGGAGACGCGGACUGCGCCGACGGGUCCGACGAGUGGCCGGAGAACUGCGAAGGGAGGGUCCCGGUCAAGAAACCCUGCAGCGUCCACGAGUUUCAGUGUGCCAGUGGAGCGUGUAUUCACAUGAACUGGCGGUGCGAUGGAGGCGUGGACUGCGACGAUCACUCGGACGAGGCCAACUGCACUCGUCCUACUUGUCGGCCAGAUGAGUUUCGGUGCACAGACGGCUCCUGCAUCCAUGGCAGCCUCCAGUGUGACGGCAAGCGUGACUGCGCCGACUUCAGCGAUGAGCUCGGCUGCCUUAUUGCGAACGUAUGUGAAGGACCGAGCAAGUUCAAGUGUCGCAGUGGGGAGUGCAUCAGCAUGGAGAAAGUGUGCAAUACAGAGAAAGACUGCAUCGACUGGUCCGAUGAGCCUGUAAAAGAAUGCGGCACCAACGAGUGUUUGACAGAAAAUGGCGGCUGCUCCCAUCACUGCACUGAUCUGAAAAUUGGCUACAACUGCUCUUGCCCUGCUGGCUAUAGACUGAAGAUGGACAAGAAAACCUGUGAAGACGUCAAUGAAUGUGAUGAGCACACGUGUGAUCAGAUCUGCUACAAUCUGCCUGGAUCUUAUAAAUGCGACUGUGAGACGGGAUACACCAUCGACCCGGCGACCAAAACAUGCAAAGCUGAAACAGGCACGCUGCCCACCCUGUACUUCACUAACAGACACGAGGUGAGGAGGCUGACAGUGGACAAGAGAGAAUAUCAGUUGAUCCGAGAGCUGAAAAACGCGGUGGCUUUGGACAUCGACAUUCCAAACCACAUGAUCUUCUGGUCUGACCUGUCCCUGAAGAAAAUCUUCAGCUCCAGGAUAGACGUGGCUGGUAACUCCUCCUACCACAGUGUGGUGAUUGGAAGCGACGUCGGGGCCCCAGAGGGCAUCGCCGUGGACUGGAUCCAUGGCAACAUCUACUGGACUGACAGCAUGUUGAAAACCAUCUCCGUGGCAACAACAGACGGAAGUAAGAGGAAGACGCUCGUCAGAGAAAACCUGGAAAAGCCGAGGGCCAUCACCAUCGACCCGGUCAAUAAUUUCAUGUACUGGACGGACUGGGGUGAGAAGGCUAAGAUUGAGAAGAGCGGCCUGAAUGGAGCAGACCGCGUUGCACUGGUGACUGACAACAUCGCCUGGCCCAACGGCAUCACUCUCGACAUGGUGAACCAGCGUCUGUACUGGGUGGACUCCAAGUUGCACACGCUCUCCAGUAUUGACGUGAACGGAGGGACCCGGCACGUUGUCAUUUACAGCCCGGAGAAGCUCGCGCAUCCUCAAUCCCUGACUGUCUUUGAGGAAACCGUAUUCUGGACUGACAUGGAAAACAGUGCCGUUUUUAGUGCCAACCGCCUGUCUGGGGAAGACAUCACAGAGCUGGCUAAAGACCUGGUCCGGCCAGAGGACAUCGUGCUGCAUCACAACCUCAGGCAACCAAACGGUACAAACUGGUGCAGAGAAACUAACCAUAUGAACGGAGGAUGCGAGUUUCUGUGUCUCCCUGCUCCCCAAAUCAACGAGCGGUCGCCGAAAUACACCUGCGUGUGUCCCGACAACACGACCAUGGGAGCCGACAUGAGGCAGUGUGUGAGAGAAAACUCCAGUGUCCCUUCGACUGAAAGGAAAACUGAGGCCCCGCCCCCGCCCAAAGCUCCUACCCAGCAUCCUCCGAGCACAACGACUGCAUCGACCACGAGCACGGCUGCUCCGAAGAAGCCGACCGCCUCGUCUGUGAAGCCCAGACUGAGCACGAGGCCGCCUGCUGCCACUGCUAACGGUGCAGGAGUGGCAGGGCCCCCUGCAGAAGCCCCUCCGUCCCAUCCCGUCGCGCUCUACGUUGUGGUUCCUCUCUUGAUCAUGUGCCUGCUGGCCUUGGGGGCGGGACUGAUGUGGAGAAACUGGCGUCUGAAGAACACCAACACCAUUCACUUUGAUAAUCCGGUGUACCAGAAGACCACGGAGGACGAGGUGCACAUCUGCAGGAACGGCUCUGACGGCUACGUCUAUCCUCAGAAGCAAAUGGUGAGCAUGGAGGACAUGGAUAUUCCAUGACCUAAAGAUGAAGGGG